GCAAGCGAGCUAAUGACUCGAUACCCUGUAAACAAUAGAGGCGGGGAUUGAAUCUUGAACUCAAAUUUUCUACAAUCCCCAAUUUGCAGGCUUGGAAAGUUAGAGCUAGUUGAUGACUCCACCUUCAAAUCGCUCAUUCUUUACAGCACUUCUGCAAUACACCCACAACAGAAGUCUCCAAAAGGGCAAGGCCCUCCACGCCCAAAUCAUCAAAUCCAGUUCUUCUUCCUGCGUAUACAUCGCUAACAGCCUUGUCAACUUGUACGCCAAGUGCCAACGCUUACGCGAAGCCAAGUUUGUUUUCGAGCGUAUACAAAACAAGGACGUCGUCUCAUGGAACUGCAUCAUCAAUGGCUACUCUCAACAUGGCCCCAGUGGCUCUUCCCAUGUCAUGGAACUCUUCCAGCGGAUGAGGGCCGAGAACACCGCCCCGAAUGCCCACACUUUUGCUGGCGUUUUCACCGCCGCCUCCAACUUGGUGGACGCAGCCGGUGGCAGAUUAGCUCACGCGGUGGCAAUAAAAAUGGAUAGUUGUCGUGACGUAUUUGUGGGUAGUUCUUUGAUGAAUAUGUAUUGUAAAGCCGGUCUUACCCCGGAGGCUCGCAAGGUGUUUGAUACAAUGCCGGAGAGGAAUUCGGUUUCUUGGGCGACGAUGAUUUCUGGGUACGCAUCACAGAAGCUUGCUGCUGAAGCAUUGGGGUUGUUUGGGUUGAUGAGGAGGGAAGAGGAGGGCGAGAAUGAGUUUGUGUUCACUAGCGUUCUUAGUGCAUUGGCGCUGCCUGAGUUGGUCAAUAAUGGUAAGCAAAUUCAUUGUAUUGCGGUUAAAGAUGGGCUGUUGUCGAUUGUGUCCGUUGGGAAUGCUCUCGUUACAAUGUAUGCAAAAUGUGGGAGUUUGGAUGAUGCACUUCAAACGUUCGAGACGUCAAGUGAUAAGAAUUCUAUUACAUGGUCAGCGAUGAUCACUGGUUAUGCACAAUCUGGGGAUUCUGAUAAGGCCUUGAAGCUGUUUUCAAGUAUGCAUCUUUCGGGAAUUAGGCCUAGUGAGUUCACAUUCGUUGGGGUUAUUAAUGCUUGCAGUGAUCUUGGUGCUGCUUGGGAAGGAAAGCAAGUGCAUGAUUAUUUGCUGAAGCUGGGAUUUGAAACCCAAAUAUAUGUAAUGACAGCUCUUGUUGAUAUGUACGCGAAAUGCAGCAGCAUAGUUGAUGCUAGGAAGGGUUUUGAUUAUUUGCAAGAGCCUGAUAUUGUUUUGUGGACUUCCAUGAUUGGAGGGUAUGUACAAAAUAGCGAGAAUGAAGACGCUCUGAGUUUAUAUGGUAGAAUGGAGAUGGAGGGUAUUUUGCCCAAUGAGCUAACUAUGGCUAGUGUUCUAAAAGCCUGUUCAAGCCUUGCUGCCUUGGAACAAGGAAAGCAAAUUCAUGCCCGUACUGUUAAGUAUGGAUUUGGUCUAGAAGUUCCAAUUGGAAGUGCUCUUUCGACCAUGUAUGCCAAGUGUGGGUGUCUCAAAGAUGGCACGCUUGUCUUUAGGAGGAUGCCUGCAAGGGAUGUAAUAUCAUGGAAUGCAAUGAUAUCUGGGCUCUCCCAAAAUGGACGUGGUAAGGAAGCUCUAGAACUCUUCGAGGAGAUGCAAUUAGAGGGCACAAAGCCAGACUAUGUUACCUUUGUUAACAUUCUCUCUGCAUGUAGCCACAUGGGAUUGGUGGAAAGAGGAUGGGGUUAUUUCAGGAUGAUGUUUUAUGAAUUUGGUAUGGACCCCAGAGUAGAGCACUAUGCUUGCAUGGUUGAUAUUCUGAGCCGUGCAGGAAAGCUCAAAGAAGCAAUAGAGUUCACCGAAUCGGCUAUUAUUGAUCAUGGAAUGUGUUUAUGGCGUAUUAUAUUAGGUGCUUGUCGGAACUACCAUAAUUACGAGUUAGGAGCCUAUGCAGGGGAGAAACUGAUGGAGUUGGGCUCCCAAGAGUCAUCUGCUUAUGUGUUGCUGUCUAGUAUCUAUUCUGCCUUGGGCAGGUGGGAAGAUGUGGAAAGGGUCAGGAGGAUGAUGAAACUCCGGGGAGUGAGUAAGGAGCCUGGUUGUAGCUGGAUUGAGCUCAAGAGUGGGGUUCAUGUUUUUGUUGUCAAAGACCAGAUGCAUCCACAGAUUGGAGAUAUACAUGUUGAGCUACGACAGUUAAGCAAACAAAUGAAGGACGAAGGUUAUGAACCUGCCACUGAUUCAUUUUCUUCUGCUUUAUGAUAUUGAGAUGACAAAGAAAUUAUUAUCAGGAGUAUGUGUUUAUUUAUUUCAUUCAUUGGUCAAUGAUUUUCUACCGUUUUUCUCAAUCUGUGAGUGAAACAAGGAAAUCGAGGCCUCUUUUUGUAGUCUACCCGGAAACCCAUGAACAAUAAAGUUUAACGACUUGUCUAAUUUCUCCA